UCGAAUUUAUCACGGUGUGUGGUGAUAUUGUAAAGGAGGGAGGGAAAAAAAAAAGGUACAGUAUCCAGAAUCAUGACAUUCAUUUUUCUCUAUCGAAAUCUUUCUACGUCAAAAGCAUCUGCUUCAUUAUUGCUGAGGAUUUAGUACUGAAAAUUGGGGUACACAACGGCAAGAGGAAGAGAAAAAUUAGGGAAAAGAAGAAAACAGUUUUAACACUUAUCUCACUAACCUACUUUUGAAGCAAAGGAGGUGGCACUUUUGAACAUUACUUGCAAAAAAAUCAUGCUCCAUCGCCUUGUAGCAACAAGCCCAUUCUGUCAUCUUCUACAACUAAAUUCUAAGGGAGAUGGCAUGCUUCGCAUGAUUGCUUGCAAAAUCUCACAGAUUGACAGAAAAAUGAGAAAAAUCCACCUCCAAUUUUAGAUGAAAAAAAAAAAAGGAAGAAAAAGAUGGUGCCUUUUCUUCUUAAUUUCAGGUUAAAGAUCUAAAAGCUGAUAACCUGACACCUCACCUUACUAGUAUAUAUGGACAUGGUUGCAGAGCUAAGACCAACAUCAAAGGGUCUGGAGAUUACCAUCAUGGGUGUAGGAAAAGUAGUUCUGGUGUUAUUUUCUUUGGUUCUGGUAUUCGGUCUCGCGGAGAGUUUUGAUUACCAUGAGAAGGAUUUGGCUUCAGAAGAGAGUCUCUGGAGCUUGUAUGAGAGAUGGAGGAGCCACCACACGGUUUCUCGCAGCCUAAGCGAGAAGCAAAAGCGUUUCAAUGUGUUCAAGGAGAACUUGAAGCAUAUUCACAAGGUAAAUCAGAUGGAUAAGCCUUACAAGCUCAGCCUGAACAGUUUUGCAGACAUGACAAACCAUGAGUUCAUGACAUACUAUGGAGGAUCAAAAGUUACCCACUACCGGAUGCUUCACAGUCCAAAAAGAAGAACCGGGUUCGUACAUGGAAAGACUGAGGAUCUUCCAGCAUCUGUAGAUUGGAGGAAGAAUGGAGCAGUGACUGCGAUUAAGAAUCAAGGAAGAUGUGGUAGUUGUUGGGCAUUUUCAACCGUAGCUGCAGUGGAAGGCAUCAACAAGAUCAAAACAGGGGAGCUAGUCUCCUUAUCUGAGCAAGAGCUGAUUGAUUGCGACAAAGAAAACCAUGGUUGUAAUGGAGGAUUAAUGGAAGAUGCAUUCAAGUUCCUUGAGCACGUAAACGGGCUAACGACAGAGAAGAACUACCCAUAUACAGCUAGAGAUGGCACCUGUGACUCAAAUAAGUUGAAUGCUCCUGAGGUAAUCAUUGACGGGUAUGAGAUGGUACCUGAUAAUGAUGAAACAGCCUUAAUGAAAGCCGUUGCAAACCAGCCGGUUUCGAUUGCAAUUGAUGCUGGUGGCAAGGACUUCCAAUUCUACUCGGAGGGUGUGUUCAAUGGACAUUGUGGGACAGAACUGAAUCAUGGGGUGGCAUUGGUGGGUUAUGGAACAGCUUCUGAUGGAACCAAGUACUGGACAGUGAGGAAUUCAUGGGGAACAGACUGGGGAGAGCAAGGUUACAUUAGAAUGCAACGCGGCAUCGAUGCGGAAGAGGGUCUUUGUGGCAUCACUUUGGAAGCCUCCUACCCAGUCAAGCUCCAUCCAGAAAGCAAAAGAAGAGACACCAUCAAUAAAGAUGGAAGAAAGGAUGAACUCUAGUUCAGUAGAUGAUCAUGUGAUCACUCAGUUUAAAUUUAUGUUUGCUUAAGGUUUCUAUGUUGUUUGUCAUUUUAAGAUAAAUAGUUAUGUGAGAGAUGUUGGUGUGAUGUUUUUAUUGCUGGUUUGGAUUGAAAUAAAGCCAUAUGUUGCUGU